UGGAUAGAAAAUUUAAUAACAUUUCUUUCUCGAUCAAAUAGUGCCAGUAAGCCGAAAAAACUCCGAAGUGUGCUCUACAAACUGGGAGAGUUUAAAGAAAAUCUAUAUGGAGGACCUCGGAGGUUAUUCGAUAUGGAAAACACGAGUAACCAAAAGAAAAAAUCAUGAUUUAAAUAUUUACGUUUGCAGCUUCAAAAAUGCGAAAAAGAAGGUAGAUGCAACUUUACCAAAAGAACUGAAAUUACAGAUCAUUUUCUGAAAAGGCAGCUGCUAGAAGUGCAUCUUCGUCGGUAUGUGAGAGCUUGAGAUAUCGACCUUCUGCGAAUAUGACCGCCGUGAAUCGAACACAGAAUAGUGGUAUUCUGUGGUUCUCAGUGAAGGUAGUUUCCGCUAAAAUUUGAGCGAACAAUGUAUAGUAGCGAUACCUUAUAGCGAUGGAAUCCCUACAAUAAACCAACAGUUCACUGUGCUGCAGUCUCGAUCUAAUUGACAAAUGAGUCUGAAUGCACCGUUCUUAUUUUUUUUAUUCUCUACUAUUUAGCUUAUGCCUGAUAAAGGAUUUGAAAGAGACAUGAAAAAGUUACAAGUAGUAUGCAGUGAAAAACAUACUGGUGGUGGUUGUGAAUGGUAUGGUCCUUUGAAAGAUUAUCAAGUAGGUACACAGACUAUUCAACUAAAAUCAUCAUAA